GUAUAUGAACUGUUAAAAGAAUGAUAAGAGAUAAGAGACUGUACAUAAAUUCACUAGUACUGUGUGUUUGGUAACUAUUUGAAUUAUUGCUCUCUAUCAUGAAGCCCAUUGUCGUGGCUGCGAUGCUGAUGCUGAUGCUUCUGUUCAUUGAUGUAUGUGCAGCGCAAUGUAUGUCGUAUCAAAGGACACCUCCCCCACCAGGGUCCAAAGUACCUAGUGAGGACCGCUGUAAUCUACCCGACCUUGAACUUGAACCGGGAAAAACCUACACAAACAUGACCACUUGUAUGCAAUGUCAUUGUGCGGGGGACCUCACAACCUACUGUUGCUCAUUGUUAUUUACCUAUGAUGUACCAGAGGACUGCGUCGUCGUUACGAAGGAUUGCGUACAGAAUGUUGUCUAUAAGUCAGAUGGAUCCCCAUGUCAACCGAUAUCAGCGAUAUCCAGGAAGUGACGUCACUAAAACUAAAUGUACUGCUAUAUGACAAGAAGAAUCUGCCAGCCUUGCUAUUUGUUUAUCUUAGUAUUUGCUAAACCAGUUUUUUUUAAUUAUUGUGCAGUAUGAGAUCAUUCAUUGUGCCACAAAAUAUCAAGAAGUGGUAUAAAUUAAAUGUGGAUUCAAACUAA